GUCGGGAAGGUCGGACGCCUUCAUUAUAUGGGUGAGUUACAGUACCCCGGCGCACCAAGCGUCGACGAUGAACGACAGUAUAGGGCGCCGUUCCGCCGCGCCCCGCAGUACAGGUGGCCUGCACCGCAGCCCCCGCAGCCUUCGGCCUUCGCUCCCUGGCGUAGGGCUCCAGCGCCGCCAAGGCCCCCAGAUUAUCGACGUAGCGCAUCAUACCCCGGCAAACCUGACGAGCCUUAUCAGGAGAGAGGAGGAUUAGACAAUAUGAGAUCACUGGAGCAUUAUCUCACAGACAUCAUGAGAGCGGACACGUCCGACCACAUGAAAGGCAAGUCGCCGUUUUUCCCCGGCGUGGAGGAACCAGCUGCUGGCGGCGCGGCGGGCGCAGGAUCGCCCUCGGCGCCGCCCGACCACACGCAGGACGUCGUCUCUAGGCUCAGCGCCGCAGGUCUGUCAAUGUGUGUCAGCGCUCUGGGCUCUCCGGCGAGGUCGUCGCCCGUGUCCGCGGGCUCUGAGCACGGGGAGCGGUUCAGCAGGAAGGUGUUUGUUGGUGGACUGCCGCCGGAUAUUGACGAGGAUGAGAUCACGUCAUCGUUCCGCCGGUUCGGUCCACUGGUGGUGGACUGGCCGCACAAGGCUGAGAGCAAGAGCUACUUUCCGCCCAAGGGAUACGCCUUUCUGCUGUUUCAGGACGAGAGCUCUGUGGCCGCGCUGAUGGAGGCGUGCAUCACUGAUGAUGACAAGCUGUACCUGUGCGUGUCAUCUCCCACAAUACGCGACAAGCCAGUACAGAUCCGGCCGUGGCGGCUCGCUGACGCCGACUUUGUGCUCGACGCCAGCAUGCCACUUGAUCCGCGCAAGACGGUCUUUGUUGGAGGUGUACCUCGUCCGCUCAAAGCUGUGGAGCUGGCGAUGAUAAUGGACCGGUUGUACGGCGGAGUCUGCUACGCUGGUAUUGACACCGAUCCUGAACUCAAGUAUCCCAAAGGAGCGGGGCGGGUCGCGUUCUCCAACCAGCAGUCGUACAUCGCGGCCAUUUCUGCGCGCUUCGUGCAACUGCAGCACGGAGACAUAGACAAGCGCGUUGAGGUGAAGCCGUACGUACUAGAUGACCAGAUGUGUGACGAGUGCGCCGGCGCACGCUGCGGCUCCAAGUUUGCGCCAUUCUUCUGCGCCAACGUCACCUGUCUACAGUAUUACUGCGAGCAUUGCUGGGCUACGAUCCAUUCUCGGCCAGGUCGGGAGUUCCACAAGCCGCUGGUGAAGGAAGGUGCUGACAGACCGCGAGCUGUACCCUUCCGCUGGUGUUAGUCCCCCCCCCAACACCUCCUCACAUGUACAGUCUUACUUUGAUGCUCACGCGACUGUGAUUCAAUGCUGCUAGAUUAGGAGACUCUUUUUCCACUGGUGCGACCGCAAAACUUGGCGAUAGUGGAAUUAGGGUUUAACUCGGUUUGAAAGUAGAUUAGCUAAACUGUAAUUGUAGUUGUUUUGAUUCCUACCGAAAGCUACCGAAAUGUGUAUCUGGCAGCAUUGACGCGCUACCCGUGUGCACAGAUUACGAAACCGAAACGGCGAAGUCUUGUGACUGUGUUGCCAGCGCUUGGCAAUAAAUCUUGCGUUUUUCGAAAUACACUUACCGAAUGGUAUGAUUUUGCUUGAAUAUGAAUAUGAAGGCAACAUUAUCCAAUGUUAUUGUAAGAAAGUUUAGGUAAAAGUACAAUGUGUCGGUGCUUUCUUUAGUUUCCUUUACACUGGACUUGUCCAUCUUUGGUCCAGUGUUAAUGUUCUCCUUUUCAAAAUUGUAGUGUAAAUGUACGUUUAGAUGAAAAUUUAAGAAACAUUUUCUAUCAAUAUAAGCGAAAUGUGUAUUCAAAUUAAUUAAAGAAAAAAAACUUAGCUAGUUGUCAGUUUGUCGUUAAGGUCUGUCCGCGGCAAGGACGGCGAGAAAUCGUGCCCGACUAACGUGCGGCGACCGCGCGUUUUCGCUGCGUUUUUCGCCGUCUUUGCUCUGAUGUAAUCGUAAGACGUAAUGUAAGACAUAAGUGAAAUGUCUGGUUCUUUAAAAAAACAUAUUUGUACCUGUGUAGUUAGAAUGAAUUUUCCCUCUAAUUAAUAAUACCCCCCC